GGCGGCGGCCGUGCCGCCGGCGCCGGACCCGCGGUGGUCCGCGGCCGCGGCCGCGGCCGCAGACGCGGUGCUGGCGGCGGAGGCCGCGCAGGCAGCCGCGAACAGGGCUCUUGCCCGCUGGUCGCCCAGAGCCACCGCGGCGGCGGAGGCGGUGAUGGCAGCGGAGCUCGCCGAGCGCAGGGCCAUCGACGCAGAGCUCCGAGACUGGAAGCAUUUCGUCGAGCCCCCGAAGUACGGCGCACUGUUCGGCGACCGCUUCUGCACCGACCCCGUUCAGGGUUGCUACGUGGCGGACUGCUUCGUUGAGAAAGACAGGGUGCGACACCGCGAGGUGGACCUGGUUUAUCGCAGAGCCCAUAACAUCAAGGUUGUGGAGGAAGACCUGCCUUUCAUUGCCUGGCUUGCUGGAGUCGACAGGCGUGCAGACGAGGGCGUGGUGAUCGAUAACCGCUCGUGGAGGGAGCUCUACGAGCUCCGGCAGGUGGAGAAGAGCCAGUGGAUGGUGGAGGUGCAAUGAAACCGACCUUCGCCACGUUGUUCCCUGCCUCAGCGGACGGCAGGAAUUGCAAAACAAUGAGCUUAACUCUGGCGAGCUUGGGACCGAUUGCGGCUGGAACGUGCCAGCCGCUCAUUUUCGGAAUGCACAGUUGCUGUUUUGGGCGGUUCCUGGCCCAAAGCGACCUCCGCCAGGGCUCGUUGUUCUGUGACUCUUUUGCUCGCUCGCUGACACUCGGCGGCGACCCCGGGGGGAAGUGAGAAGGAGAAGGUCUUCUGAGAAGGCUCGGAAGUCCCCUGGCCUUCUGAGAAGUUUUCUGAGCC